CAUUCUCCACUCGCCCACCUCGCCCCUUUUCCAUGGCCGCUUCAUCGCAGUCCACGCCUCGGUACGCGCUUCUCAUCUAUUAUCUUUCUUUCCCCAAAAUUUACUAGCUUCUAUGUGGUCAACUUGACUGUUUUGGCUUUGAAUCAAAUUUACACUGUGUCGCCAGGAGAUGUUAAUAUCGACAAAGAUAAGGUUUUCCAAUUGAUUCAAGCUCAUCAGGAAAAAGCUGCUCGACUUCCACCAGUUGAAGAAAUUCGUACUAUGCUGGACCGAAGUGUACGGGGGAUGCUCUCUACAUUCUCUCAGAAGCAUGAGGGUUAUCCAUCAGGGUCUAUGGUUGACUAUGCAUUGGAUGCAAAUGGAUCUCCUAUACUAGCAGUGAGCAACCUAGCAGUUCAUACAAAGGACUUGAUUGCAAAUCCCAAAUGUUCACUGCUUGUGGCUAGAGAUCCUGAAGAUAGGACUGAUUUAGUGAUCACUUUACUUGGUGAUGCUAUUGUGGUUCCUGAAAAAGAGAAAGCAGCCAUUCGAGCUGCUUAUUUGGCAAGACAUCCCAAUGCAUUUUGGGUUGACUUUGGGGACUUCAACUUUCUGCGCAUUGAACCAAAAGUGAUACGUUUUGUGUCAGGGGUUGCUACAGCUUUAUUAGGAUCAGGAGCUUUGCAUGAAAACAGGAGAGUAAAAGAGACUUAUCUGGCUAUUGUGAAGAAAGUGCCUUUUCUUUUAUUUCAUUUUAGACAUUUUGAGGUGAUAAGUUAUUUCAGGUAUAUUUUACUCAUUUAUGAUGCUAUUCUGAAUUUGUUUUUGCUUUUCAGAUUUAGUGAAGCUGAGUAUAAAGCUGCAAAAGUUGAUCCCAUAGCUCAGUUUUCCAAGCCAGUGGCGUCUCAUAUGAAUAAAGACCAUGCUGAAGAUACAAAAGUGAUCGUGCAGCAUUGGACAUCAGUUCCGGUGGACUUUGCACUCAUGACAGAUUUGGACAGUCUUGGUUUCUACGUUAAGGCUGGUUAUCAGGGUGAUAACUUUAAGCUCCGAGUUCCUUUCCCUCGACCUGCAGAAGACAGAAAGGAUGUGAAAACUCUUAUUGUUGAGAUGCUUCAAGUCGCCAAGAGUCAAGCUGAUUAAUCCAUUCCUCCAUCAAUGAUAGUUACAGAAAUUCUGUAUCCUAUUUUAUGCUCAGAUCUUUCGGAAGCUUGACGAGAUUUUGGUUGUCUGCUGCUUUCCAGGCCAACUUGAAGCUUAUAUGUUGGGUUAUUAUGAAUCCGAGUUGCUUAGUUCUGAAUAUAUUGUUGUUAAAGGAAAGGAACUCCUUUUUGGGGCAAGUUCAGUCUUAAUUAAAUUAUAAUAUUGCUUGCCAAAAAAAGCAGGUAAAGAGACAAUUGAAAUAUGGGAUUGCAUGAAAAGUUCUUUUCCCUGCUUGUCUCUUUGGGCUGAAGUGCUGCAAAACGCAGGAUUCAUACUCAUCCUUCAUCCGGGGGGGACAAGCAGGGUACCUUUGAAGGGAUACAUGUUCUUUUAUAUUUCAGGGAUAAAAGGACAAUAAAACUGGCUAGUUUUGUUCACUUUCCACUUGUAGUGCGAAAUAUCCAAGGAGAAAUGAGAACAUCCAAAAUUUGGAUGGAAACAGUGUAAUAGUCCCUGGAAGACAAGCAGCGUUUGUCCUUUAUAUGCGAAAUUUAUCUACAGAUGUUCUCUUCUA